GUUGAACUUUGCCCGUUGUGCCGUGUACACAGUGACUACCUCCCCAAAAAAAAGGGAAAAAAGUGAAUGUGAAGGACCAAGGAGUCCUCAGUGUGGAAGAAAAACUUUACCAUACGCUGCGAAAAUCAUCAGAAAAUAAGACGAAUUGCUGUUUACACUGCGGAGGCGAGGUCUGUCCAGAAAGCUACGUGAUACAUUGCAAAAAAAAGGGGAUCAUCCACAGUGGGAUUGUGUUUAUAUAUAUUGGCAAAGAGUCCGCAUGAUUGAUUGAAGUCAUCACACGACGCCAAGAUACAUCCCUUUGCUACUUCGGAAAAAAAAGGAAACUUGUCAUACAUAUUUGGAGAAGGAGAGAAACUACAAGCGGAUACAGCCCGUGGGGAACGCUUAUUUCCGCUCUGUGUGUGUCUGGAGGAUGUAGGCUGGACUGCGUGUUGCUAUACCACAGGAAGAGUCAGUGCUGAAUUGUGGUCGUGAGACGCGUGACCAAAAAGCGUCAAUUCUCUGUGAAAAAUAAGGGGGUGGGUUUGAGUUUUUUUGGGUGGGAUUUUUAAAUUGGAAUUAGGAAGGAAAUUGUCCCGACAAUAUGGAACGUCGAUGGCCGUAUCUUAUCCUGAUUCAUUUCACCCUCACCAUCCUAUCGAUUGGGAGUGCUCCGACAACGGAAGUAGCAUACACCCAUGACACGUUCAGUGGGUUGAGUGAAAAUAAAUCCCAAGUGGAUAUGACACAUAUUCCAUCUACUGAUCACCCCGAUGAUGCCACUCCUCGCAAUUUGUCAUCCCGGCCGACACAGCGGAGCGCAGGUCGGGUGCAAAGGGACCCCGAGAGUGAUGGAAAAUUUGCACACGAAACCACCACACAUUCUUCGGGGGAUGCCAUAUUGACGACUGAGGGUGGAAAUGGGCGGGCAAGUACGUCGUCGUACGUGAGUGAAUCAUCGAGGGUGGUGGAGAACAUUUUGACCACAAUCCUGUAUGGCUCUUCGACGGAUGCUGGUGGUGCAGAUGAUGGCACGGCCAGUACGGAGCAUCCGGUAGUGACGACAACUGAGGAUGGUGGGCGGUGGAAGUCAACAGAGACGUACUUUAUUAAUGGUCUAUCGGAUUUGUUGAUGGAGAAUAGUGGUAUCGACAGAAUAGCUGAAUUUGUUGAUGAAAUUGCCAAUCAGCACAAUUCCCAGCUCGAGAAAAUGGACUCAUCAAUUUCCACCACAGACACUACACCAUCCACCACCGAUCCACCCGUGAAUACUGACCCAACCACAUUCUCCACCACAUCCGAUUUCACACCAAUACCCGUCGCCACCAACCCAUCCACGGAAUCAGUUGAGAAAAUUCGUGAACAAGUGACUAAUUCCAUGGCGAAAAAUGCCCUGAAUACGGAAGUACACGAUGGUGGUGGCAACACCGUGGAGUCUACCACAAAUUUCACACCAACCGAGAUGGGGAAUCACAUUGCAGAGAGUACGACGGAGAAAAAUGACUCAAUAGUGGAAGAUCCACGAACUGAGAGGCCCCCAGUGACUUCAACUAUUUCUCAAUUUAUCCCACAAUUUGAUAUAUUAGCAGAAACAGGGAGUAGCACAAAUGCCCCCGAGGGUAGUUUGGGGAGUAUUCACAGCCCGAUGGGCACGUCCACGAAAAAGCCCAAGGGUGGCAAGCCAAAGAAGAAAGUCCCAAAGACAAGUGUCGACACGAAGAAGCCCUUUACGCUGCUCAAGUCAACUGCUGCGCCUCUGGGUGAUUUAGUGCACAGCACGACACCCAACCCAUCCACAACCACCACCCUUGCUGAUACCUCCUCCAGUAGCACCACCACUACCUCUAGCAGCAGCAGCAGCACCUCCACCCCCAGCAGUAGCAGCAGCACAAUCACCACCACCACUGGUGCUUACGCAACAGAGCCUCGUAAUGAAAUUCAGCAGACAACAGAAGCGGCACCGUCUACGGCAGCAGCAGCAUCACCUUCAGAGGCGACAACCCCCAAGGGGCGUCGCGGCGACUGGGCUGGGGAAACGGGGGAGGAUUACGUGCAGCCAGAGAAUGAGGAUGAUGUACUAGUGGUGGAAAUUGAGGAUACAGACAACUUUACGGAAGUACCGGCGACACGUCGUGUGGAUGCGGCGAAGAAAGAUGAUGAGGCACCAAUUGAGCAAACUAAACCCGAUAUGACGGAUGAAUUGUUCUUCCCAAUCCUCGUGGAUCGUGGUGGUGGCACCACAACACCACCACCACCGCCACCCCCAAAAGUUGCCCAAGAUGUCCCCCCGACACCGCCGCAAAAUGCGGUAAAUCGCGAUAAGGGCGACACACCAAUUGAUCGUGAUUCGGACACAUUUUUCUAUAUAUCCAAUACAGAGGUAAAAGUUCUUGAAUCGGUACCAACACCAGACACGCAUAAGGAGAUAAAUUUUUUUCCAGAAAUCUAUGAGGAAGAUGUUUUUAUCGAUUUUUCUAAUAAAAAUCAUUCUCAUAGGGGUAUGGCAUCAGAUAAGCUAGAGGAAGACAUUAUAUUGUCACCCCUCAAUUUUGAUCCUAUGCCAAAAACAAUGCAAAAGCACCCUUACAAUGAUUAUGGCAAAUUAACAAAUUAUAAUCGUAACAAUAAUUAUGCAAGCCGUGAUGACGCCACUUUGGAGCACAACACAUCCGAUGAAAGUAAUUUGAGCAUUAGCUACAUUGGUGAAUCCUUUAUUGAAAUCAAAGAAUCAACAACGGAGAUGGAUAGCAAUAAUCUCAUAAGUCCCCUCAAUUCGGACGUUAUCAUCCAACCAGUUGCCAUGCCCGAGGUACCUUUUGGUAUUGGGGUGCCGAUUAUUGGUGAAUUGCCACCCCAGAUUGAGUUGAUGCCACCGGCGGAUGUGCCGCAUGAGCAUCAGCUGCAUCAUGACUUUGAUAUUGAUCUGCGGGACACGUCGCACGUUUUCGCCCACCCUGGGGAUUAUCUCGUGAAGAAUCCCUCAAUUUCGGCGGAGGUGCCCAUCCUCGAAUCCAGCACAGCAUCCCCCAUCAAGCGAAACGGCUCCCAAGCAGCCACGGGGCAGACACCCUUCGUGGAUGAUGGAGACCUUGACACAAGUAUGUCAGACCUUCAGACACUCUUCACCGCCUGCCUGGCCACGCUCACCCUCCUCAUGGUUGUACUCGUGAUUGUCUUCGGUGUCAGGUAUCUCUGGCGAAAAUAUCGACCGGACCAAUUAGCAGUUAAUGGAUUGAUUGCGGACAGUAGCACCGACCCAUUGGCGAUUAAAUCAAGAACUUUGUCCACCGACGAGUUGAAAUCUGCCGAUUCCGAGUACACAAUCAAUCGCAGCAGUGACACUUUGGAGUCAACUGCGGAUCAAAUCCGUAACACAUGCAAUGGUGCUGCCCCAAGUAGUGCCCUCGCCGCAAAGUCCAAUCACACCGGUGCAAAUGGGUCCGUAAUUACCAUGACGCUCAAAAAUAAUCACCUCAUUGUUGAGACAGAGGAAAGAAAUGAUAUUUCUCGCGACGCCAGGGAGACUAAGAUGCACUACUCGCCAUCCGAGAAGGACGGAGUGUUUGUCGUGGAGGUAGCCAGAGGAGCAGAUAGCACAGGGUUGGCUGAGGAAUUCAGCAAGAACAGCGAGGAUAUCCUGCAGAAAUCAAAUAUUGAAUUUACGGGUCCUGGCGUUGAUCAGGAGCCUCUGAUUAAGAUAAAAACCGACGUGAGUGACCAUCAGGAGGUGCAAAUUCACGAUCCACCACCGCCGGAGAAGACCCCAUCAGAUGGUGAUGAUGGGAAGAAUGAGAAGCUUCUGAAUCACAGCAAAACUGGCCUCACUCAGUCUGUGUUGAGUAUGUCAUCGUCAAAUGGGAGCAAUAAGGACUACUGCUAUGGCUCCCAGGAGGCCUACACGGUGGACUCGAAGGGCUACAAGGGAUCCUCUCCGCGAUAUGGGAAAAAUGAUGGGCGCAAUGACCCCGAAACAGCUUCAAACAGCGAAGAAGGCGAACAGACAUUCAUAAAUCGCAAACCCAUCGUAACUGGGGCAAUCUACAAACAGGACACAUUGGACUUUGAGUCGAGCAUCCCUCUGGAUACGAAUGACGUAUCCCCGGGAAAAGUCGUCAAGGGGGAUGGGGGGAUGAAGAUGGAGAAGAAGCACGAAAUGGGAAAUGGAGUGAUCGAUGGGGAGGCAAAUGAAGAAACCUCCAAGGAUGGCGGUGAACCCAUUGUGAAUGGCGAAGCGGAAAAGGAGAGCUUCAUCUACCCCGAACCACCAACAUCUGAGGAGAUAAAGUGCCUCAGUGAUACGACAAUUAUUGAGAACAACAUGGACUCCCUCCCACCCCCACCACCCAUUGACAACCCCGUAAAUCAAGCAGACGAACAGCUGGUAGUUAGUGAGAGUUAAUACGAACCACCACGACUUUUAACCCUUCCACAGUCCACUCCGGGACUAAUAAACUAAAUUUUAAUAAAGAAUUCUUUAAAAAUGAAAUGAAAAUAUGACAAAAAACUCUACUUGGAUGUGUAGAAAAAAAAAUGUGAAAAAAAAAUCAGAAAAUUUGUAUUUCUGUUAAUUCUCUGAGAAAUUCUAUCGAGUUAUUGGUCGAGAAAUUUUUAAAAUAAAUGGAAAAACCAGCACCACGAUGAUUAAUAGAGUUGUAAAACGUUGAAAAAGGAAAAUUUUAAUCUUACCAAAAAAAAAUGGAUGAAUGGAAGAUCUUUAUAAACUCUUUUUUUUUUGUUUUCUAAAAGAAAAAAAAUAAUGAAAACCACGAAAUCCAAAAUGGCGUCAUGAGGACCAAAGCAACACCGACUACAGUUUUGAUAGUUCCAAAUGAAGAAAUUUUGAUGCAUUAGUUGCGCAUUUUUUAAAGAAAUGAAUUUUUGUGAAAAAGGUUUUGAGUAUCUUAUAACUUAUUAAUAACAAUUCCCGUCCUCUUGCGUGUAUUGCGUCUUCUUUGUAUACGUUUUUAGCAGUGAUUCCUUGAAAGUUAAGGGUUGUAGGGGGGUUGCAAAAGUUCUGAAGAACAUGAAUUUCUUAAAAUUUGUUUUGAAAAUAAUAUUUUCUUAGAACAAAAAUAAAAAUCUGGAUGAAAAGAAAAGUUAAUUUCCCAGAAAGGAUUGCAAUAAUUCAAAAUUCAUUGAAAAAUUAUAAAUUUUCAAUAUUUAUUUCUCAAAAGAAUUAAACAAAUUGCAACCCGUCUUGAUAAAUGAAGGAGUCACUGUUUUCUCAUUCAAUUCAAAUGCAAUAAUUUUAUAUUAAACAUUUAAAAAAAAUCAAGGAAAGUUUUAAAAGGAAACCUAGAAGCUUCCCCCUCUCAAGAAGUUCUCUUGAAUCCCUUGAAACCAUUCACCAAAAAAAACCCAAGUUACAAACCCACCUAAGUCUCUAAUUUUUCUUGUCUUUUGUAAAUUUAAGAACAAUACUAAGAAAACAGUCCAACUGUGGCAAAUAACAUUCGAAAUGUUUACCUUACUAUUAGGUUAAAAUAGACGACACAGUGUCGAAAUUUUGAUGAAAUAAGUGAUAUUUUUGAAACACGAAGUAUAAGCUUAAUAUUUACUAAAAAUAAAAUGAAAAUGGUAAAGAAAAAAACAUUAUGAAUGGUAACUAUUGCCAAAGAGAAAAAAAAUGGAGUAAGAAAUACACUAGAAAAUAGUCAUUAGGAUUUUUACAUUACAUCUUGAAUUAAAUAAUAUAUAAAAUUUAAAUAAUGAAAAAUAAAAAGAAAAAUGUGAAAAAUUCGUGUACUUAAACGUUCAUAAAAUAUUCAUAGAAAUAUUUGACGAACUCACUAAUAAUGAAAAAAAAUCCUCAUACCUAUUUAGCCGCAUUAUUAAAUGUUUGUAUUAAUUUAUAAAAGAAAAAUUAAUGUUAUUAAUUGAAAAAAAAAUGUGACGUGUCAGCAUUCAUACUCACACUUUAUCCUUCAAAAUAAUGUAAUAAUGUAAAGGAAAUAACCUUUAAAAGUAAGUCUACUCUCCAUAGGAAAAAAAUAAUCAAAAAUGUGCAACAUUUCUAUGAAAAAAAACCUAUUGUGCUAAAUGUCUUGGCUUUUUUAUUACUCGGAGUAGAUAAUGCGACUCAUCUUCUCUAUAAUCUCCAAAAAAAAACAUUUUUUCAAUUUAGGCAAAAACAUAGAAAAAAAACCAAAAACAAGGAAUUUUAAAAAUUAUUUAGUAAAAAAAAUGAGAAAAGUAGUACAAUAUAUAAUUAUAAAAUUUAUACUUGUUAAAAGUAAUGUCAAUUUCUUGUCCAUCGUCACAUUAGUAAUAAACAAAAAAAAAAAAUAGUGACAAAAAUAUGAAAAAUAUGAAUAAAAUAAUUAUAGGAAUAAAAUAAAAGAAAAUCGAGAAAAUUCUGAAUGAUUUAACAAACCAAGGAUUAAUAGAAUGGAAACGGAAUAUUUAAGUAAUAAUUUCUUGAAAUUUUCAAACUUUUUUCUUAUUUAGUUCCAUAAAAAACUCUCAUAGCACAAAAUAUUUAUAAAACAAUGUCUUAAGGAGAAAAAUUUUACGAAUGUGAAGAAGGAAAAAAAACGAAAAUUUGUAGAGAUUUUAUGAAAAUGGGACUGAAAUAUUUUAAUGUGAAAUGAAAAGGAAAUUUUUCGUAAAAAUAGUGUAAAGACUAAUUCACAAUGUGGUGGUGUCAUUUGAUAAAUUGAAAAUGAAAAUUAUGAGUCCAAGGCAAGGGGCAUAUAACUGGCUGAAUAUUGAACACAAAUACAAAGGAAUAUUACAUUAUUCUUGAAUUUAAAGCUUAUUUCAAAUUGACAAAAAAAUAUUUGUAGCAAGUUUUAUAUUUAUUAAAUUCUUUUCAAAAUUUCUUAAUAGAACUUUUUCAAAGAAAUCUUUUCUCAUUUUUGCUGUAUUUCAGAAGAAAAAAAUUGUUAGGCUCCUCUUAAAUUACUUUGUAGUUUGUUUUAACUCACUUAAUCUCCUCUAUUAUUUAAUUAAAUUAACUUCCCUUUCACAACAAAAAGCGAAUAUAUUCUGUUCGAAAAAUUCAACAAAACAUAAAAAGACUACAGUUAAAUGCCUCUUUAAGUCCAAAUUUGACCAGCUUGAUUACAUCAAGGAUUACGUAGUGAAACAUUUUUGCUCAAAAAGCAUUAUCGAUUAGAAAAAAAAAGAAAUCUCGAACAGAAGAAAACUUUUUCAAAGUAAUUUUCCAUUUUUUAGGUUCUCGCAAAAGAAUAAGAAACAUAACUAAACGGAAUAAAAAAAAUGAGAGAAUGUAAAGAAACUUUUGAGAAAUCAUCGAUAAUAAGUUCCCCCCAAAUGUCAUCCAAAAAUUAAAUUUUAAUACAUUGAUAAACAUUCAAAUAAAUAAACAAUAAAUAGUCGUGA